ACGCAAUUCCCGGAUGUUCCGUCACAACAAACAUGGCGGCACACUAGCAAGAUUCAAACUGCACUCCACUGCAGGCUUACACGGCCAGGUUGUAUCCUAUGUAUUUAUGAUGGAUUCGUAUUAUAUUGGAGUAGAUGUCGGGACGUCUAGUGUACGAGCUGGUCUUGUGUCAAGUAAUGGGCGCCUUAUUGAUUACUGUAGCCGACCUCUUCAAAUAUGGCAUUAUGGAUCAGAUUAUUAUGAACAGUCGUCAAAGGAGAUCUGGACAAACGUGUGUGAAGUUGUCAAGAGUAUUUCUGAUAAGAUCAAAGACAAAAAAACUGUCCAUGGAAUGGGAUUUGACGCAACAUGUUCAUUGGUUGCUUUGAACUCUAAUGGUGAUGGAGUCCCAGUUAAUAAAUUUCAAGAUCCCAAUAGGAAUAUUAUUAUGUGGCUGGAUCAUCGAGCGAUCAAGCAGGCAGAACUCAUUAACAACACAGGCCAUGAAGUCCUUAGGUAUGUUGGUGGAGCUCUGUCACCAGAGAUGCAAGCAGCAAAACUUCUUUGGCUAAGAGAAAAUCUUCCACGUGUUUGUUGGAAUGAAACAUCUGUGUUCUUAGAUCUACCAGAGUACUUGACCUACAAAGCAACUGAUCAGUUAACAAGAUCCAUGUGUUCAUUAGUUUGUAAAUUCAAUUACAUGGGCCAUGAAACACAAAAACCAGCAGGAACAACAUCCGGUUGGAUAGACUCAUAUUGGGAAAAAAUUGGGCUUGAAGAGCUGCCUUUGUGUGGGUAUUCAAAGCUAGGUGUAAAAGCAGCAGAGCCUGGUGAGCAUCUGGGUCAAGGCUUGACAAAAAUAGCAGCAGAGCAAAUGGGAUUAUGGGAAGGCUGUCCUGUAGGCUGUUCUCUCAUAGACGCACAUGCAGGAGGAGUUGGAGUUAUUGGAGCUGAUGCAAGUGGCAGUGGUUUGCCAUGUGAAAACCAGCCAAUCACAAAUCGUCUGGCUCUGGUCUGUGGAACAUCUACAUGUCACAUGGCAAUCAGUGAGAAGCCUAUGUUUGUUAAAGGAGUAUGGGGACCAUAUUAUUCUGCUAUGGUGCCAGGCCUUUGGUUGAAUGAGGGAGGUCAAAGUGCAACUGGAAAACUGAUCGAUCACUUAGUAGAAAACCACCCAGCAUACAGGGAAGUACAGGAAUUUGCAAAAACAAAGGGUACAUCAACAUAUGAAGAGCUUAAUAGGGUGGUCAUCCAUCUUAGUAAUCAGAAGGGGCUGAUGAAUCCUGCCUUUCUUGCACAACACUUCCAUGUUUUUCCUGAUUUCCAUGGCAACAGGUCGCCUAUUGCUGAUCCUAACUUAAAGGGAAUGAUUUGUGGGCUAUCAUUGACUUGUGACAUUGAAAACUUAGCUGUCUUGUAUGUUGCAACAAUGCAGGCUCUUGCUCAUGGAACACGUCAUAUUGUUCAAAGUAUGAAUGCAUCUGGUCAUGACAUUAACACACUAUUCCUUUGUGGUGGACUGAGUAAAAACUCACUCUUUGUACAAACACAUGCAGAUAUAACAGGAAUGCCAUGUGUUCUACCACGAGAAAGUGAGUCCAUUCUUUUGGGAGCAGCAAUUCUUGGUGCAUGUGCAUCUGGUCAUUAUGGAACUAUCCAGGAGGCUAUGAAGAAAAUGACUGCCAUAGGUGAUAUAUAUCUCCCUGAUGACAGAUUUAAAAGCUUUCAUGACAAGAAGUAUAAAGUCUACCAUCAAAUGUUGAAGAAUCAAGAUGAAUAUCGACAAAUCAUGGAUGAUCAAAAAUAAAAAAAAUUGAUAUUCAGAAAAUUUAAUAAUCAAUAAUAUUUUCUAAUUUUUGUCAAGCAAUAUAAAUAAAUGCUUGAAUGAUAUACUAUUUUAAAUGUAAUAUAUUGUUAUUCUUAUAUUUGACAUUAGUUAAUUUUGUUAAAGCAUUUAUGUUAAACAUUAAUGAAUGCUGGAAGUACGAUAUAGCCGUGCUUUUAUUUGACUCGAGACUUCAUUCUUGAUGUCAACCCUCUUUCCACCAAUCAUGAGUUCUCUGAUACUGCCUUGAAAAGUUGGCCAAUUACUUCCUUUUAUCAGUGCAGCCUGGGAUGGGAAUCCACCUAACACAAAUAACAUUAAUAAUUCAUUAAAAGCAUUCUUCAAUUUUA